GAGACCGAAACUUCGAGGGCGCUGGAAGGAGCUCGUUUAGAUUAGCGCACCACAGAGCGGGAGCAGUGCUUUGACUGAUCUCCAGAACAGUGAUUCUCACUGCUCACUGUAGUCCACGGCGGGAUUUUGCAAUAGUUCAAUCAUGAAGUGCGGGCUGCCACUUAUCCACUUUUUAAUAACCAUCCCUCUGGUCGGCGCUUCACCUUUCCAGCCCAACACGUAUCCCAGCGCCGAAUCGCGACAAAGGAACAAAAACUGGUGCGCCUACGUCGUGCAGAAGAACGUGAGCUGUGCCGUCGUAGGAGGCUCGGAGAGUUUCGUGCAGCCGGAGGUUCUACCGUGUCCACCGGAGCUGCCAAACUGUGCGCAACAAGUGAUAUAUCGAACACACUUCAGGCCCAUGUACAAAAUUGGCUACAAGACUGUGACCGAGCUGGAGUGGAGGUGCUGCCCGGGCUACCAGGGUCACGACUGCAGGGAGGUGAAAGACUUUAGGCUGCUCCAAGUGGAACGUUUGCCCAAUCCUCCCUCUCCCUCUGGACACUUUCCUGCCCCAAAAGUAGCUCCAGGACAGCGGACCGAAGGCCAGAGACACCACACAUGGGGAGGGGAGAGACAGUUUGGAGGUCAGGCAGGUCACAGGCCACUAGAGGGUCACGCAGGUUCUCAAAGUCCACAACACCUGGAAGAGGAGGUGCAGCGACUGUCCCAGAUGGUCCUCGACAUGCAGGCAAGAAUGACGGACAUGUCCUCCAACCUUAGACUUGACUUCCAGGAGGACGCCAGUAAAAUGCUGAUUACGCUGUUGAAUAACCUCAAGCAGCCGGUCAGUGCACGCGGUGUGGAAACCCAGACCGUUCAAGUGCAGGACUUCUCCUUCGUCCAGGACACGUCGCAGAUGGAUGAGGUCAUGAGCAAGGUUAAGCAGGUCGCAGAUGAUCUGGAGUCCAAGAGUAACACCCUGGAAGACGUGCUGGGUCUCGUCACCCUCCAUGAUGGACAAAUUCGUCUCUUAAUGGCGGCCGCCCACCCCCCGCUGUCCACGUCCUCUCCCCCUCCUCCAACCAAUGAUGCGGACCUGCGCACCUACGUGGACAAAAAGCUCAGCGCGCUGAGAGAGGAGCUGAUGGAGGGCAUGGAAAUCAAAUUUGCGGAUUUGAAGAACUCUUGUGAUUAUAAAAUCAUGUCAGUUCAGGAACAGUGUGAAGGACAGGAAGCCAACUAUCUCAGCCUGGCCGAGCUCAUGGACUCAAAGGAGAGCGACCUCCGCAGUGAGAUGGAGGACCUGAAGACCAAGCUGGCUGAUCCGGGGAGAGCGGACAGUGAGUCCAGCUCGGUUCUGGUUCGUGUGGAGAAUCUUGAAAUGCGUUUCAACUCAUCAGAGAAGACUGUGGUGGCACAGUGCCUCUCUGUAGAGGAAAAGCUGAGGAAAGAACACACAGAAGCUAUCGAGGACCUCAGGGACACCUUAGAAGGCAAGCUGGUUUCUGUGAAGGAUAAACUCGCUACCCUUUUGGUAAACACAAGCAGCAGCUUCCCGUCUGGUGGUCUGUCAGAGAACCCAGACUCCCUUCAGGGGGAUGUGAACUCUCUGAAGGGUUCUGUUCAAACUCUAGAGCGUAGACUCAAUGGCUUGGACCAGAUGUGUCCAAAAGAGUGCAAGGCUAACUUCACCGUUGCUGAAAACCUUCAGCAGGAUGUCCAGAGCUGCAAAGCUGCUAUUGAUGCUAUACAGACUCACCUAAAAGCCCAGCUAAGUGGUAAUGAAGACACAGAGGGGCAACUCCUCAGCAACAGCAGUGGCAUUGAGAAUGUACACAACGAGUUAAAGUUUCUUAAAGGACGUGUUGGCAGACUGGAGGACUCGCUUUCAGAUGUAGCCCAGCGGCAGCCUGAGACAUUGAAGAGCGUAAACUCUACCUGGGGUCAAGUUAAAACAGGAGCUGAACAGGAAGCCAAGGACCUUUUGGAGCUCCACAGAAAACAGCAUCAGGAGCUGAAGCAGCGGCUGGACGAGCUGGGCCGGGAGGUGAGAGCCGAGGCCGACGGCUGCAGGGAAAAAACACAAGACGUGGGACAGGAGGUCGCCCACAUAGACAGACGCAUUGUUAACGUGGAGACUUUGUGCAGCAAGCUCGAUCCCAUCUCUGGCAGCCUCCAGAGGAUCAAAGAGGGCCUGAACAAGCACGUCACUGCGUUGUGGACUUGUGUGAGCCAGCUAAACGGCACGGUUAGAGCUCAUGGCCGAGAUAUAGGGGGACUGAAGGGAACCUGCCAGACUCUCCAGAACCACAUCUCAAAUGUCGCCAGGGACCUCCAGGUGUUAACGAACAGCUCUCCUGGGAACGAAGGUGCUCAGGUUGCGGUGGAGGACGCCACACUUCCCCAGGUUUCGCGCAAGAGCCCCGCGGUGUCGUUUGGCCCCUUGGACACCCCCUUCCUGCAGCCGCCUGUGAUGGAGACCGGAGUGGCGGGCCCCCCGGCAGGCAGGAUGACCUCAUCCGAGUUGCCCAAGGGCACUGAUGGCAGCACGUUGCCCGUUCAGGGUUUCGCCGGGGCUCCAGCUUCCCCGCCCAAAUCCUCGGACUCCCUGAAGACCAGCACGCCUCUCAUCCCAGUGACAGAUGUGAACGUGCCCCACAUCCUUCCACCACAGAAGCCGGACACUGCGUCAGGUGAGAAGGUGUCGUUCUCAGCCGGACUAACGCUUCCGCCGUUCCAUGGAGAGGUUGGGAUCAUUCGCUUCGACAAGGUGCUGGUCAAUGAUGGAGGACAUUAUGACCCUGGCACAGGUAUCUUCACAGCUCCCACAGAUGGCCGCUACCUGGUGACCGCCGUGCUGGCAGCCCAGCGCGGCGAGAAGAUCGAGGCGGUCCUGUCCGUGUCCAAUCGCAGCAUCCAGAGGCUGGACUCCGCCGGCUUCUUGCCUGGAGCCGCGGCGCCGCCCUCUCCAGAUCAGUGCAACUGCGGCAGUGCGGCCUCGCUGAGCCUGGUUCUCUCCCUGAAGCGAGGGGACAGAGCGGGACUCGUCGCGGUCGCCGGAAAGCUCGCCAUCUCGGCCUCUCCGGAGGUCCUGUCGUCUUUCAGCGCCGUGCUCCUUUACCCCAGCCCGGCAAAACGGUAGCUCAUCCACACCCAGAGAAAAUACACGCCAUUCACAAGCCAUGAGUGUAAUAUGAGCCCCUGAAGGCUCAUGGGGAUGUUAUGAUGUCAGGAGGGAAGAGCGACCUACUUAUUGUAAGGAAAAGCAUCAAAAAAGAGAAAUGUUUCUAUCAUAUAAGUGUUAAUAUAUAGAUUGCCUUGCAGUUAUUUUAUACUUGUUUUUGACUUGGCUCUGUUGGACAGAAAGUAUUGCAUUCCUUUCCUGAGUGAUUCACCAUCUUUUUACCUUUUUUUUUACUCGACUCUAUCAAAGAAAAGCUGAAUUCACACACACACACUCAGAAAUCUACACUCCAGCGUGUGAACCAAAGUAUUGAGAGUGACAGCAUCGCUACAAAUGAUACAUUAGCCAGCCGCACUUUUAUGUUUUUCUUUUUUUACAUGUUGUUUCAUUCAUUCAUUUCACGAGCUUGUCAGUUCGCUGGUAGCUGACUUCACGAAGCUUUAGCCUUAGGGUCAUGUCACAGAGGACUGGAGGUCUCACAGGUUGUUGACUAAUUUUUAGCAAAUUUUUGUAUAUGACAGGCUCCAGCCCCCCACUGUGGCCCUCUAGAGGACAAGCGGACACACUUUCUCACAGCGGCGUAGACAGCACCAUCACAUCUGCGUCUAAACCUAACCUAAAAAUAAUUCUAACCUUAAUCUUAAAUUCAAAUCUUAAUCUUCAAAGAACCAUUUGAAGGUUU